GGAGGCGGGCGGGCGGCGGGCGGCCGCGGGACAUGACGGCCGGCCGCCAGACCGAGGGCGCGGGCGCGGACGCGGACGCCGCCUCUGCGCGGGCGCCCUCCCGGGUGGUCAAACUGCUGUCGGCCCUCUUCUACGGGGCCUGCUCCUUCCUCAUCGUGCUGGUCAACAAGGCGCUCCUGACCACCUACAGUUUCCCAUCACCAAUUUUUCUUGGAAUUGGACAGAUGGCAGCUACCAUAAUGAUACUGUAUGUGUCCAAACUAAAUAACAUAAUUCACUUCCCUGAUUUUGACAAGAAAGUUCCCGUGAAGCUGUUUCCCCUGCCUCUCCUCUACAUUGGAAACCACAUAAGUGGAUUAUCAAGCACAAGUAAAUUAAGCUUGCCGAUGUUCACUGUGCUCAGGAAAUUUACCAUUCCACUCACUUUACUCCUGGAAACCAUCAUACUUGGGAAACAGUAUUCCUUGAACAUCAUCGUCAGUGUUUUUACCAUCAUAUUUGGUGCUUUCAUAGCAGCUGGUUCUGACCUUGCUUUUAACUUGGAAGGCUAUAUUUUUGUAUUCCUGAAUGAUAUCUUCACAGCAGCAAAUGGAGUUUAUACCAAACAGAAAAUGGACCCAAAGGAGUUAGGGAAAUAUGGAGUGCUUUUCUACAAUGCCUGCUUCAUGGUUAUACCAGCUCUCAUCAUUAGUGCCUCUACCGGAGACCUUCAGCAGGCUACUGAAUUCAGUGAAUGGAAGAAUGUUCUAUUUAUUGUACAGUUUCUUCUUUCCUGUUUUUUGGGCUUUCUCUGGAAAGCACCCAUGCAGCAGAGGAGUGGAGUGAGAGCCAGGAUCCCUGGGAACACAGCUGGAACGACGAGGAGCAAGCAUGAAACACUGCUGUUUUUUUUAAAGUCGUGCUAACGAUGUCACUGUCUCCAAAAUAUGGUGUUGCUUAUUGAUUUCUGAAAGUUAGUCUGCAUGAGGUCAGCUAGUGUAUCACAUUCAGUGCUGUUUGUUGUCUUUGCUACAUUGUCCCCAGUUUUUCAAGAGCUUCCACCUCACAUAAAUAUGUGGAAAUGACCACCACUUGCUCUAGUGCUGUACCUGCCAUAUUCAGGGAAAUUUCUGAGGAGCAAUGUCCAGGCCAUUGUCUUGUCCAACAAUUUUAGGCUUUUGUUCUUAAAAUUUUCUUCACGUCUGUUGUCCUGUUGAGAAGCCAUGCAGCCUGUGUCUUUUAUCUUCCAGACACUUGAAAAUUCUCUUUCAUGAAUGGGGUAACACAUGCAACUAGUAAAUAAUCCAAGAGCUACAACAGCAUUCACAGGGAACAAAAGCUACCAUCCCUUUUCCCCUGCCCUCCAUCCCUGCAGUUUUCCUCUGCAGAGGUGACUGCUGUUUGAAGUCUUUGGAGUAUUCUUCCUGGGUGGGGCUCCCUCCAUAUACGAACACCUGUCUUUUAGCCUAUCCUGAAAGGUGCUUUGAAUGACUGUGUCAGGGAAUUACUUAUCAAAAGACUUUUCCUGUGAAUUUCCCCCUUAUUUUUUUUUUUUUUACCACCAAUAGCACAGUUUUCAUUAUGUUUAAAUUAGCUAAGAACAGCUCACAGUCUCUGAUCAAACUUGAUUUUAAUUGCAGUGAUAUAGUCACACACGAUGAAAACAUUUAUGUAUAGCCUCCAUUUCACUAAUUCUCUUUUUAGCUGUCUCUGAUUUAAUGUUGAGCCUGUUGAUGGACUUUUUGAUUUUAACAAUUUUUUAUUUGUGAAAGUUUCACAGGUUCCCCCCCCCCCCAAACUUAUUAUUCAUUCCUAACAUUCUCUCCUUGGUGAUCUUUGUGACUGUCGUAACUUUCAUUUCUUCAAAUGUUAUACACAUAGCUGUUCUGUAUUCUGCAUCUAAUGAUCCCAGUAUCUGCAGUUUUUGAGACUAUAAAUGUGUAUGUAGUUUGUGACUGUCAAACUGUGUGUAGUUGGUGACCUGUGGUUAUGAGCACACUGCUUAAUCAGUGUUAUGGGCUGAUUGCCCAUAACAAAAGGCAAAUUUGAGAAACCUUCCUGUGGGGACAGAUUGUUUCUGUUCCUGCUGUCAGCCAAGUAUUGCCCCUGACCUGGACCGCCAUAUGCAUUUCUGAAGGUCUAGGCUCAGUGAGCUAAAGUGUCCCUCCCAAAUUGGAGUCUGGCUCAAAGCUCAGUUUCCGGACAGUGCUGUUCUGCCAAGGUCUCUGCUCCCCUAUUCUGUUUCAGCUGUGUUCUGCUCUGACUCCUGCCUGGCCCUAAUACCUUACCAGUCUGUGUCCAGUUCCUCCUUUUUUAAAAGAGGAGGGUUUGAGUGACCUCUUGUGCCUCUUUCAAGACCAAUAUCUCUCAAGUAGUGUGUCCUUUACAGGCAUAGGUUGCUCUGCAAUGGGAGGGUCCCUUCGGGCACUUAGGCAGCCAUUGUCAGAAGCAUAAGUUAAGUGAAAUACUUAUAGUUUUACCAGUUGUUGUCUCACAUUAAACUUUGAAAACAGAAUCUAAGCCAUGCUGUGAGUCAUCCUUUGUCAAACUAUCUUUUCUUUUCUCUCUGAUUAAAAAAAAUUCAAUCCAUAACAUACAAACUCAGAUUAGUACCUUUCCCUGGCUAAUCCUAGAUUCACAUAUGAACAACAAAGCCAAAUUUCAAAGUUUUUUCUCAUUUCACUAUAAACUUGAUGACAUUCUGUUUCUAUUUUGUUUUUUUAAUUUUUCUCUCUCUUUUUAUUACUUGCAUUAUACCACUUAAUCAUUCCUAGAAGGAAUUCAAGAAGUAGAACCUCCAGUGUCACCUGUCCUCAGUGA